AUGGUUUAAUACACCUGUGCUUUUCCUACUAUGACAUGUCAACAUGUCUGCUGUGAAGAAUGUCAAUAAAGUCCUGUAUUGCUGAGGAGCAGAGCAUGUUGAAACCCAGUGUGCUGCGCUGCCCCGCCCCGUUAAGAGAAACCUCCUCCUGCUGGAAGCAUGAAAGCCUGAUAACUCCUCCCUCUUCUUCCUGAUCUCAAACACAACCAGGUCCACGCUGAGCACUAGCUGACUUGUUAUCUCCAACUCACGGAAGGAACAGGAACAAAUGGAAGUGAGUUAUUUUUGAGUCAGAGCACAGACUCAUAUUUCUGUUCAGAGAAACUCUCAAACAGUCACUGCCACCAGGUGAAAUGGCGCAGAAAAGAGUUAAGCUGGACCGGGAAAGCUUCUCGUGUUCAAUCUGUCUGGAUCUACUGAAGGAUCCGGUGACUACUCCAUGUGGACACAGCUACUGUAUGGACUGUAUUGAAGCUCACUGGGAUGGAGAGAAUGAGAAGCGAAUAUACAGUUGUCCUCAGUGCAGAAAGACUUUCACACCGAGGCCUGUCCUGCUGAAAAACACCAUGUUAGCAGAUUUAGUGGAGGAACUGAAGAAGACUGGACUCCAAGCUGCUCCUGCUGAUCACUGCUAUGCUGGAGCUGAAGAUGUGGCCUGUGAUGUCUGCACUGGGAGAAAACUGAAAGCCCUCAAGUCCUGUCUGGUGUGUCUGGUCUCUUACUGUGAUCAACACCUCCAGCCUCAUUAUAACUCCUCUGCGUUUGAGAAACACAAGCUGGUGGAGCCCUCCAAGAAUCUCCAGGAGAACAUCUGCUCUCGUCAUGAUGAGGUGAUGAAGAUUUUCUGCCGUACUGAUCAGCAGUUCAUUUGUUAUCUCUGCUUAAUGGAUGAACAUAAAGGCCACGACACAGUCUCAGCUGCAGCAGAAAGGACUGAGAGGCAGAAAGAGCUCGAGGGGAGUCGACAAAACAUCCAGCAGAGAAUCCAGGACAGAGAGAAAGAUGUGAAGCUGCUUCAACAGGAGGUGGAGGCCAUCAAUCGCUCUGCUAAUAAAGUAGUGGAGGACAGUGGGAAGAUCUUCUCCAGUCUUAUCCGUUUCAUUAAGUUCAGAAGCAUUGCUGUGACUCAGCAGGUCAGAUUCCAGCAGAAAAGUGAAGUGAGCCGAGUUAAAGAGCUUCAGGAGAAGCUGGAGCAGGAGAUCACUGAGCUGAAGAGGAAAGCCGCUGAGAUGAAGAAGAUCUCAGACACAGAGGAUCACAACCAGUUUCUACACAACUACUCCUCACUGUCACCACUCAGUGAAUCUACAUCCAGCAUCCAUAUCCGUCCUCUGCGCUACUUUAAGGAUGUGACAGUGGCUGUGUCAGACGCCAGAGUUAAACUACAGGACGUCCUGAGAGACCUAUGGUCCAACAUCUCUCUGACAGUGACCGAAGUGGAGGUUUUACUGUCAGAUCAACAACGAGAGCCCAAGACCAGAGCUGAGUUCUUAAAAUAUUGGCGUGACAUCAGACUGGAUCCAAACACAGCACACCCAAAGCUGGUUUUAUCCAAGGGGAACAGAAAAGCAACAGCUGUGGAAGAACAACAGCCUUACCGUCGCCACAAGGACAGAUUCACCACUACUUUACAGGUCAUGAGUAGAGGGAGUUACACUGGACGUUGUUACUGGGAGGUGGAGUGCUUUGGGAGAUUUUAUGUCGCAGUCUCAUACAAGGGUGUCCGCAGAAAAAAGAAAGCGACUGCAUGUGCAUUUGGACUCAAUGACAAGUCUUGGGUGUUAGAUUGUUCCCAGCACAAAUAUACAUUUGUGUACGACUCAGAGGACACACCCGUCUCGGGGCACGAGGUCACCAGACUAGGAGUGUACCUGGACCACAGCGCAGGUACUCUGUCCUUCUACAGCAUCGCUAAAACCAUGACUCUCCUCCACAGAGUCCAGACCACAUUCACUCAGCCUCUCUACGCUGGACUUGGGUUUUUCUGGUACGGAUCCAGUGCUGAGUUUUGUGAAUUAGAACAGACAGAUGUCGUGGUUCAGUUCCAGAGUUUUUGAGUGUGAAUGUUUGUUGCGGAGAGCUGUUUGUUUCUCUUCAGCCAUCGAUGCUCGUUCUGAUGUUUGUUGACUUGAACUAAAAAUGGAAAACCAUUCUGCUAAAAUACAACAAAUUGCUUGUUGAAUUUAUAACAAACGAAAGGAAAUAUUUUCCAACAUUAUUUUAUUGAACAAAUUUAACAUUUAAUUGAAUAUAAAAGGAACCACUAAAAAAUAAUGACAG